GCGAAAUCCUGCGCAGUCGCACAUUAUCACGUAUCCGAAGUAAAUAAAUCCAGAAAAUGACAAUAUCUUUUUGUUAUAUUGUGAUUUAUGAUGUCAUGUUCAGCCGUAACAUAGAAAUUAGUUUCGACUAUGCCAAGGUCCCGAAAUAGCCGGAGUGCUAGUCCACAAAAAUCCGUAUCAGCGGAAAGUAUUGCGGAAAUUGAACAGAGAAAAAUUUUGCAAAAUGUUCAUGACAUUUUUUGUGAAGCAAUCGAUGCAGAUGUCAUCCGAUUGGUACUUCAGGAGUGUAACUGGAGAGAGGAAGAGGCAGUUGAUAAACUUUUGGUAAUAGCAGAAAGUCGUGAAGAACAAAGAAAAUAUAAGAGCAAAUUACAUCGAAUAGCUGAGGGAAUAUUUGGUUCUCUUCGCUCAGAAGAUUAUGGACACAGCUCUGUCACAUCAGCCUCGAGCUUGUCACCAUCAGAGAAGGUAAUCAGAAGGCCCUCUAAGCCUGCUUCAGGGGGAGACAAGGGAAGCUCUAACACCUCAAAGCUUCAUCAUGUUGGGCCAUCAGAGAAGCUUCUUGCCAGAGGUUUGGCUCCACCAAUUUAUACAUCUGGAGCGCAAGAAAGUGGAUCAUCAGCAGUGGAUGAAAUUGAAAUGGAUCUCCAUUUUGCACCAACAAAAUUGUCAGAGACUAACAUUUCUAGUGCAUCAUCUUCAGUAAGUAGUCAGAAAUCACAUACAGAGCAAGGCAAGCCACCUAAUUCAUCAAAAACAGUGCUUUUAUCUCAAGCUCAAAGUGCAUUUAAUCAGCAAUUUGAUGAUGCUGAAGGAACACAAAGAUGGGAGCAGUAUAAACAAAAACUGAGUGAACAUUAUUUAGUUACUUUAACCAAAGACAAACCAAGCACAGCUAGUAAAGGUAAAAGUUCCAAUAAAGAAUCUUAUACAGAUGAUCCAGCAAUUCUGCAGGCAGAAUUACAAAGUCCAUCUUCAGAUAAAGUUGUCCAAAAAGAGGCUGAAAGACCAAGAUCAGAAACUAGCCGUAGUUUUCCUGUGCGUUUGUUAAGUAGAAGUCCAGAUACAGUUGAAGAUGAUGUUCCCGUUCCUAUCUUAAUUUCCGGACAGAAUGCUGCUACAAGAGCAGGUUUAAGUGAGUUAAUGGGAUCUAAUAACAUUAGCAAUUCAGAACUAGAUGAAACAGUGUUUAAAUGUAUCUAUGAAGUUCAUGGAGAUUUGCUAGAUGAGAAAGAAUUAGGAACACUUACUAAAAAUUCAGAAGGGGAGAAGUCGAGUACUCCAACCAGUUUCAGACAGACUGUAAUUUCACCAGCUGGCAAACCAGCUGCUCAACAAAGCAAUGAAGCUAUGACAUUACCCACAAUAGGUCUGUCUGUUGAUGCCGUAGAAUUUGUGCCCAGACCUAAGUCAGUAACAAAUAAAUCUGCUUUAGCAUCACCUACAGAAGUCAAAGAUCCUUCACCACAGCCUGCUAGCAAAAUGCCAAAGUCUAGUUCUAUUGAAAUAAAAUCAGGAGUAAAAAAUGUUCAAAGAAAUCAAACUACUGUCUCAGUUGGAUCACCUUUGACAAUAAGUCCAUCAAUUAGCCCAGGUUUAAGUCCACCAACGACACAUAUGAAUAGCCCAGUUGCAAACUUGACUGGAAGUCCUAUGUUUAUCACACCAAAGUGGCCACAGAUGUUUCAUACAAUUAAUCACCCACCUCCCAUGCCACCAACAGUAUUAGCAACAACAACAUCGAGGUUUAUGAAUCCGAACCAUGCACAUCAUCUCUCACCACCUGGAUAUAGAUUCCCUCCAGCAGGGCCUCUUCCUUAUUCUUCUCGUAUGGUCUAUUCUGUGGCUCCACCUCCAUUGUUCCGCAUGGCCGGUGUGCCCCGGUAUGUUCAGCAAGCAAGUUUAAAGGUCGGGGAUAAUAUGGAAGACAGAGCAGCCAUUGCUACAGGACAGCCUAUAAUGGCAACAUCAGAGGCCUCAAGGCUUAUCUCCCCUCCAGCAUUAAAGUUAGUCAACAUGUCAUAUAUAGAGCAGAAAGUGGAGAGGAUACAAACAUUACAGAAAUCAGGAGUUAAAGUACUUGUCAUUGUAAGAGGUCUACCUGGUAGCGGCAAAUCAACAUUAGCCAGGAAACUACAACUGAAUGGUAUAGUUCUGUCAACAGAUGACUACUUUAUGAAAGGCAAUAUUUACACAUACAAUCCUGACAAACUGACAGAGGCCCAUCAGUGGAACAGAGAAAGAAGUAAAGAGGCGAUGAAGAUGGGAAAAAGUCCAGUGAUUAUUGACAACACUAACACCCAGACGUGGGAGUUUAAGCCAUAUAUUAGCAUGGCUGUAUCAAACAAUUACCACAUAGAGCUGAUGGAGCCUAAUACACCUUGGAAAUAUAAAGCAAAUGAAUUAGCAAGACGAACAUUGCAUGGCGUACCAAAGGACCAGAUUGAAAGGAUGUGUAACAGAUAUGAGCACAACAUCACAGUUGAUACUUUAUUAAAGAAGAAAAAAACUGACACAAAGUCAAAUGAUAAUGAGAAUACUGAGGGCACAAGACUUGAUGAAAACACACUAACAAGUCAAGAAGAUACUUCAACAAAUUUGAGUCCAAUCACUGACAUUAAAGCUGGAAAAGAUCUCCGUUUACAAAACUCUAGUAAAGUUGAAGAUAUACGCAAGCAAAGAUCUGCAGAAUCUGAUUCAGACAGCAUCAGUAGCUAUCAUUCUGGAUCAUUGUCAAACCAGUCAUCCAGAAAUGCCUCACCGAAACCUUUACGUCCAUCUCUGAAAACACCAGGUGUUUUACAACAGAUUGAGAAGCGGAAACCACCUGUAAAAAAGAAUCCUGUAUCUGUUAAGCCAACUGUUAAAAGGGUAGAUAGAAAGGCAAUUCAGAGAAUGGAAUCCAACUUGUCAACAGAAACUGUACAGGUUGUUAAUGAAAUGGUGAAUGAACAUGUAGGAGAUAGAAUUCUUUCAAUUGAAGAUGUUACAACAUUGGAAGAAGAAUUGAAAGCUUUGUUAAUGCUCUAUCCCUUAAAUGACUCAGAAGUUCCUUCUGCAGAGGAAUUAAUUGGACUAAAGUUACAUGAUAUCAUUAAUCAGUCCGCUGAAAUUCCUGAGGCAGACAAUGAUGUGGAAGCGGAGACUAGUGAUGUAGAAAGUGCUAAAGAUAUAAGUAAUGAUGAAAUAAAGUUUGAAUUACCUGGCACUGAUGAAUUUUCAACUACUGGAGAUGAAUACAAGUCGGAAAAAGAAUUUGAUGAGUCUGUAAAUAUAGAAAUGGUAGAAUGUGAUGGAAAAACAUGUGAAAUAUUGAAAGGAGAAAAAAUGAAAGCCAUUGAUAUUGAUUUGCUCAAAAAUGGUUUACACAAUGAAAGUGAAGCUAUGCAAACUGAUCUGAAAUCAAAUGAAUUAGUUACAACUUCUAGUGAACGAAAUUUUCCAUCUUGGACUGAAAUUGCCAGUAAUGAAACUCAAAAACAUUCAAAUACAUUUAUUGAUAUGGGAAAAGACAUGUUUAUAGACAGUUUUGGAUUCAUUGAAAAUGAAAGUUCAAGUGAGGACAAAAUUUGCACGGACGGGAGUGAAUUUGAGUCACAAUAUUGGGGAAACAUUGCUGAAAACGAUGAUGAUACUCCUUGGGAUGGCAAUGAAUGUGGAGAUUGGGAGGGUAAUUCCUCCAACUCAAAUGUUACAAAUGGUGCUAAACCUCAAAGAAAGAAACGAAAUAGGAGCAUGGAUCUUGUCUCAAAUGAGGGUAAUACAUCAGAUAAUGAAACAGUUGAAAACAAUUAUGAUUUACUCGAAGGAGCAUUCGAGAAUGAAAAUUUUGUUGAUUGUGUUGAGGAGAUAAAUGAAAAAGUACAAGAUGUAAACAGCAAUUGCUUGAAUGAAGAUAAUGAUGAAGAUGAGGUUUGCGAAUCUAAGAAUGAAAUGGAUAUUUGUACAACAAAUAUUGCAGAGCGGGUUGCAGACAGAGAUAAUGAAGAAAACAAUUUUGUAGUUGAAAAAACAGCUGAAGAAAACAGUAACAAUGAGGAAAUUAUUUGCUCAAGUGUUGAUACUAAUGGAUCUCAGGAUAGUUUUCAUGUAACAUCACACAAUAAUAGUUCAUUACAGAUGCUCAAAGAAUCAUACAUAGAUGCUGAAAGUGCCAUUCAAACUGUUUCAAGUGAUAAGGAGGAAGAAAUGGGACCCAAUAACGUAGUAGAAAGUGUUCAUGUAAGUGCCAAUGAUAGUGAAUCUAUCAAAAUUGACAAUGAUGUUGAUAGUGAACUUUUAAGUGACAAAAAAUCCAAUUGUGAUAAUAGUGAAGAGAUUGAAAAGAAAUCAAACAAAAAUGUGAAAAUGUUUCAAGACAAUGGAGAAGCUUUGAAAGAUGUUAAAUCUAACAAAUCUUUAACACCUUCAGAAGAUUCUGUUAAAGAGGUUGAGGUCAGGAAUGAAUCGGAGAAAGAAGGUAGCUCACUUGCAUCUCAAAACUUAGUGAAUUCUUUGCCUCAGAAAAGCAAAAAGCCUUCACGUAGGAAAAUGGCAGCAAAUCUGAUGGGUCCAUUUCUAAAUAGAGAGGAUAAAGAAAAGUUCAAAACUGAGGCUUGGAACUCGUUUCCUAUACAUAGUGUAGAGAAACCAGCAUCUAGUGCAACAUCUUUUACUCCUAGUAAAUUGCCUAAUGAGAGGGAUGUUAUAAGUGUAAUGACAAUGACAGAUAUUGAAUAUUUUAAUACUGUUUUACGGUUAAAUCAGGGUGGUUUUGUUGAUAGCAGCAUUAAAUACUUAAAUGGAAAUCCAAGGAAACUUAUUAAUGGGCUAAAUACAAAUGUGGAAUUAAAUUCAGUGAAUGAAAUACAUACUUUAGAGAAGAGUACUUCUACAGAAGAUCUUCUGACAAUGACAGAUUCAGAAAGUGUAGAAUUUCUACAUACUUGUUUCCCUACAGUGCCUAAAGCUGAGUUAGAAUGUGUGUUAGAAAACUGUGCAAACAAUUGUGAAUGGGCUAUUAACUUACUACUAGAUUGGAAAUAUAGCCUUCAUCUGACAACUGAUGAGAAAAGAAAGUUUACAGAUAGUAUGGCCGAGGUUAAAAAAGGUUCAAGUCAAGGGAUGACUGAACAAGAUGAUUCAAAAAGUGACAGUGGGCCGAACAGCCUGCUGGAUAUUUGUUUUAAUCUGGUUGAACAACAGAAAAUUGCAUCAAGAGAGGAGAUAGAAAAACAGCUGAUACAGACAGGGAAAGAAAGGUUAGACAGAAUUGAAGAUGACAAUAUUACAAAAAUUCGUCUUCAUAGGUCAACUAGUCUUAGUGAAUCUUCCUUUGAUAUUGGAAGUCUCACUCCUAAAAGAAAUGAUCUCUCAGUAUUUAGGUCAAAUAGUUCCCCGGCUCAGAUUACAGAAGGUGGUCAAGAGGAUGACAAUGAUACAUCUGAUGCUAGGGUAAAUGAAAAUAAGUUAGAGGAAUUUAAAAGUGAUAGAGAUAACAAUGAUGAUGGAUUAAGAAGUUCUAGUGUUGAUAGAAAUUCAGGAGCUGACUCUGAGACAGUUCAUAAGGUUAAGAAGGCGGGAUCUAAUACAAGUAAUGAUGUAGAUGUUACUGAUAUGAUGGACAAUCAUGUAGCAGCAGAGGAAUUUGAUCUCGACAUUAAGCCUGCAGUUUCUAUAAAUAUUGAUACAGAAAUGAUAGGCAGACUAGAAGAUAUUUUUGGACCACUAUGGAAUAGAAGCGAUACAAAAGACGAUAUAUCUGUGCCGUUGGAUCGUAAGACAGCGUGGAUGUUGUACCAGUGUGUGAAGAAGGGAAUCAUAUUAACUAGAUCACAGCAGCGCAGGGAACAACAACAACUAAUCAAAGACGAGGAGUUGGCCAGGCAACUACAGGAAGAAGAGAAUGCUUAUAUUAAACCAGGGAACCAAAAUCAAAUUGAAGAUAAUGUCCCCAGAGGUAGAAAAGCUACCCCUUUAGUUGGCUUGUCUGUUGUGGGAACCAUUCCACAACAUAAAGAACCAGUAGCAUGGAAUAGAGGGAAACAAACUUUGGCAGAAAUAAUGCAGGAAGAGAAAAGAAUUCAGGAAAGCCAGAAAGAGUUUGUAAGAUUGCUGGAGAAGGAAGGGGGACCGACUGCUAUGGCUACUUGCUUGAAAAGACAGAAACUGUAUGGAAGGUUUCCUACGCUGGAUAAAAAACUACUGGAUGAAAUAUUUCAGGCAAAUUGCUUCAACUUAUCUGAGACAAUAGAUUCCAUAGCAUCAUCACUUGGGGAAGGUCACAUGGGGACUACAUCGGUUACCAUGGCAACAGAUCAGAAAGUUCAGGACGAGAAACUUUUAGAAGCAACAAAACAACAAAGCAUGCAGGAAAUGCUUGACUCGUAUAUCUACCAUCCAGUGGUUAGUAAAGACUACCAGGAUGGUAUGGAGCCAGAAUACGAGGAUUACCGGGGUGAAGCUAAUUUACAUUUCCGACUGAGACAUGAAUGUUUCCAGAAAGCCAGGGAAGCUCACAGACGCGGUCUUAAACAAGUUGCAUCUUUCUACUCACAGCAGGGUCACCAACAUACACAGAAAAUAAAAGAGGCCAACAUGAGAGCAUCAGAAUAUAUCCUUGCAGAAAGAAAUCAUGACAUAGUGAAGAACACUCUAGAUCUUCAUGGAUUACAUGUUGAUGAGGCAAUGGCUGCCCUCAACAGGAUUAUACCAGAGAAAGAAAGAGAUCAUUGUAAGAAGCUGACCAUUAUAACAGGACGUGGUAGUCACAGUCGUGGAGGAGUGGCCAGACUUAGACCAUCAGUUAUUGCUUUUCUAAAUGCACAUAAAUACAGUUAUACGGAGCUGCAAACAGGUGUUUUUAACGUAUCUUUGAAAAAAUACAGAUCACCAGAUAAAUAGAAUCAUGCAAAACAGAUUUUAUAGAACACAACCUGCAAUAUGUCAUGUACAUCAAGUUUUUACCUUGUUAAUACGUGUUUCCUGAAGAUAAGAGAAUCAAGGUGUAAACAACUGACAUAAGCUAUAGAUUAAUCAAUAAUGUGUUGUUAUAUGCUAUUGCUGCUUUGGGGGUUUUUUUGUUAUCAUAUUUUUUUUUAAAGUUAUGUUUUAUACUCUGAAGUCAAGUUUUCUUAUUUAUACAAGGAAAAGUUAGAAAUAUUGAAAUGAAAUUGCUGUGAUAUACUAAUUAUUACUUCCUCCCCCCUUUCACUGCAUGUAAACACAGCACGACAAUUAGAUGACAUUUAAAGUUUAAUAUGUUAAUACAAAAUUAUUUGAAACAUGUUUGCAUUCAAAAAUUCUGUUGAUAGGUGACUGUUUUGUUAGUAAAGAAAAUAUAAAUGAAAAGGGCAUAAGUUAAGAGAGUACUGUUAUAGCUUUAAUAAGUACAGUCAGUGAUAAGAAAUCCAUUAUUAUUAUUAUAGAAUGUUUAGUUUGGAAUUAGAUACAUAUGAUAUUAAAUACAACUUGUAUAUUUUGAGCAACUCUAUAUGAGUUGUUUAUGUAAAUAAUCUAGAUUUUAUGAACUUCUCAUGCCUUCAUGUUAGUUCAUAUAUAUGCAAGGUUUAUCCUAUCUCAUACUGGUGAGAUAAUAAUAUAUAUAUAUUUUUUUUUCAUUAAGUACAUGAAUGUUACAUGUACAUAAAAUAUAACAGAUAUUUUUAAAGUGACAAAUAUGCGUAACUGCUGAGUGUUAUUUAUUAGAUUAAUAAAUUACCCGUCAGUAUUGCAUAUGUUUAUUUUGUUUAUAUGAACUUGUAUAUUAAUUUAACAUGUAUGUCAGAUUAGUGAGGCACAGUAAAACAGCAUCAUGAACAGUCUCAGUGUUUGGUUGGUUUUCUUUUCUCACUAGGAACUUUAGCCAUGUUUAGUUUUGUAACAGUGA